AGCUCCUUCAUUUGAUCUAAGAUCGGACGAUGAAAGAAUAGGAGACUCUGAUUUUAGCUAUGGAGGGCAAGUACUUGGAGAGGCACUUGAUAGGGACCACAGCUCAGAUCCAAGAUGAAGGCAAGGACUACAGGGAGCUGCCGUCGACUCCUCUGUUCGAGCGGGGCAAACUGACCUCGUGGUCGUUUUACCAGGCUGGGAUUGCAGAGUUCGUGGCCAAUUUUCUGUUUUUGUACAUCACUGUGUUGACGGUGAUGGGAAUGGUUAAGUCGAACACCAAGUGCUCGAUGGUUGGGAUUCAAGGGAUCGCUUGGGCUUUUGGUGGCAUGAUCUUCGCUCUCGUAUACUGCAUUGCUGAAAUUUUAGGACAGGUUCACAAAUGA